AUGAUUGCAAGGUACUUCAGACAAUUUCCUGUGGUGAGUGAUGUAUGGUACAAGUGUCACAUAGGGUUCCAAUUUCUGGGUUAUAUUAUGGGCACAAUAGGGUGGUGCAUUGGGCUAUGGUUUGUGAAGUCAUCAAAACAUUUUGUAUCUAAAACACAGAGUACUCUCAGCAUCACCGCUUUUACAUUCAUAAACGUACAAAUGCUUGCCACCUUAAUGCGACCAAAUAAAGAAGCGGGCUAUUGCAAGUGCUGGAACAUUUGCCACCAUGUUCUUGGAUACGCCAUAAUUGGAAUAGUUAUAGCCAACAUAUUUGUAGGGCUCCACAAUCAAGUUCAAGCUGAAACGUUGAAACGGGUUUAUGUGGGAAUACUUGGAGUUUUGGCUAUCGCAUUUGUACUAUUGGAAAUUUUCAGAUGCAAAUCUGUGAUAAUGCAACAAGCUGUGUGGUUGACUGGCAACAUGUUUACUUAUUCACCUUAA